AACAUCUGUCUUGUCAACUAUCAAACUUGUAAGAAAAAGUUCCAGUUAACUUUCUUUUGGACUUUUAUCGUUCCAUCAGAAGAAACCUUAGGACCAAGGUGGAGAACCUCUACGACUUGGCCUCGAACUUUCGUCGCGUUGUGUAUCUCUCCUUGGCGGGCUCGAAAAUCAAUUUUUACCGGUUUACCUCGAGGCCAGUGGAAACGGUUGCGGGCAAGCAAUUUCGCGGGCCUAGUGUGGAUUUCUCUCGUUGUUGCGGGCAAACAACGACAACAGCAACAACACAAUGGCAAGAACAUAAGCACGGAUAGACCGGAUAGACCAGAGAGUGUAGAAUUCUCUCUCUUUCUCUCUCUCUCUCUCUCUUUCUCUUUCUCUCUCUCCUGAUGGUUGGGUGGUUGGAAGUGGGUGUAGGUUUUGGCGGUAGCCAGUGGUGGUUGGUGCGAGGCUAACGGAGGACGAAAAGGGGGAGGCUUUGGAUACCUUGUCGAGGAUAGGCUGCCGGUGCAAGUAGGUUUAAUAUUUGAUAACGCGGGCUGGUCAUCCUGCCGAGGCGAUAACACAGGCCCCGCGGGAACCUUCCGGCCAACAUCCCUCGGAAAACGACUGCUGUCGAGGCCCUCUCUUCUCCCCCUCCUACUCAUCUCUCUCAUUCACUCUCUCUCUCUGUCUCUCUUUCUCUCUCUCUUAUGUUAGUCUAUCUCUUCCAUCUCAUCCUUUCUUCCAUCUACUACCGUCAGUAGCGCGGCACUGUCCUUCCCGUCCUUUCUAGCUGGUAUUCCUAACUUGGAAGCGUCGCUAUUCCCCAAGGUUGCCUUCCGAUGAAAAUAACGAACGACGUUUGACCGCCGUCCGUGGAAACCGACGAAUAAGUCGCUUAACGGCCCGCCUAAAUUGCUCACCCUUGGAGCUCGGAUUGCUAUCGAAGGGCCGGCGAUCGUGCGAGAUUGGAAUCCGUUGGAUAAAUAAUUGAUAGCCCAUUGGUAAGAAAAAGUACGGAUACGGACUUUCGGACAUUUUUCUCGAUCAUUUCUAUCGUUUUAAUCGACCGAUAUUACUUUUUCUUUCGAAGUGCGUCAAGUUCCAAGAAAAUUCAAAGUAGUACAAAGGUAGAAAGUUAAGUUAGACUCGUUGGAAGAAUUCUUUCCUCGGAGUUACCACUAAUCUAGUUGUAGUAGUAGAUACGGCUGCGAGUAGUCAGCCACGCACUCUGUCCGUGUAUAUUUAGUCCGGUAGGUACAGUCGACCGGAUCUCGCGUGCUCAUAGAGGAGCCUAAAGGUGGGGCAAUAAAAGUAGGUAGAAGACCGCAUCCUCGUGUCGACGAAGAGACACCGGAACGGGGUAAGGUUGGUUGCUUCUCAUAGUAGUCUCUUGGUGGAGGGUUUCAACAGGAAUGGGGUUGGAGUUUCAUGAGAAAGAAAGAGGAAAAGAGAGAGAAAGAGAGACGUCAGGAAGGUGGGGCUGCUGGAUCGAAGAGGUGGAUGCGAAGAGAGAAGCGGGUGGUCGCGGUUAGCGACACCCACACGAAGGCAGGAAGAAAGAUGGCCGACCAUGCUAUAGGGAUCAAACGCAUGCGCUAACGUUACGUAGCUCCGCCCUCUGUUCGUCGUUGCGGUUUGACAACCCCUUGCUCCGUCCCGUACUUUCCAUCCCACUACCACUGGUACCCGGAGUAAACCACCCCUUCGAGAAGCACCCUUCGCCGAAUCUCUCCCCCUCUCUGGAAGAGUUCAUCCGCAGAGCACUCUUCGCAGGCCAGUCAGCGCCAAAAAGUGCGGAGCUCUAGGACAAGAUCCACGUACGGUCCUGCGCGAUCCAAGCCACGGUUUUCUACGAUUGCUUUACCGGUGGCUUCCUUUCGAAUCAACACUCGCUACUCUGAUGUGUUUAACAUUGUUUCAAGACUAAGUUAAAAAAAAAUAAAUAAAUAAAAGAUCAUUGUCGAUUAUAAUCGACGUUGAAGAAUUAUCUCUAUUCACCCGUCGACACACGAACGAUCGAUUUUUGAGACAUACGCAGAGAGGGGAGAGGAAGAGAAAGAAAGAGAGGGAGAGAGAGAGAGAAAGAGAGAGAGACACACAGUUGUCGUUUGUUGAAAAAGAGUGAAUACAUCCAUUAAUAAGAAUAAAGGUGACGCGAAGGAUCUUUGUGACUAUCUUAAUGAUCGUGCUCGAUCGUGGUGUGCAUCAUGCAGGAGUUUAAGUCGACGUCUCGUCAGACGUCGGCUCGGUUGGAUAGACUAAUUCGUUAAUCGAGAAUGCGGGACUUGGCAACGUGACGAGAAAAAAAACAAAGAAGAAGCUGAAAUAUAAAUAAAACGGUCUCCUAAACUAAAGAAACCAAGAAGAGAGAAAAAAGGGAGAGAGAGAGAGAGAGAGAGAGAGAGAGAGAGAAAGGAAAAUAGAAGAAAUUCGGAUUGUAGACUUUAGAAUUUCGGACUUUCACAGAUGCAAAGAAUCCUCGGAAAACAGUUGAUGAACGGUCGUCGGUGUUGGUGCGAUCGUUUUGUCUCGAGCUGCCGCCGGUUUUAGGCCUAACGUGUGCGCGCGCGCGCGUGUGGUGUUAGGCGAAUCGGUGAAAACCGAUCACCGGCAGCGGCAGGAUGAUGUACUCGCCGGACAAGAUGAUGGGAAGCAAGGGACUCCAUGGGGCACCGAUUACCGCCCCCGGUUGCUUCCCUUCGGGCAGAUAUUCACCACCACCAUAUCGUGCCGCGCCGGAUCCCAUGCCGCCGCCGCCGCGACGCUGUAUGCCCAAUCCUACGAGUCGUAUAUUGGAAGAUGCAUCCAUAAUGUGCAAUUCUUGGUCACCAAGGCAUAAUGGUGACUUAUUCGGGGGCUUGAACAGCGGUCUGCAAGACGGCUUACUUUCGAGGGCGGAGGCUUUAGCCGCGGAUUUGGGAAAGCACAACGCUGGCACUCCAAUGCCUUUGAAACACGAUCCGGUUUCCGUUUACCAUCAUGGUACUCACAUGCCAACCCCCCAUCCAAAUAACCGGCCGCAUCAUCAGGUACAAUCACACCUCUUUAUGAGUCACCCUGGAAUGGAAAGCUUGGAUAUGUUGGACCCAGCAAACUCGAUGACAACGUUGACACCAAUGUCUGAGGGAGCUGGUGGUGGUCCAGGUCAUCAUGCAGGUAUACAUGGACCUUCAGUGUACGGUGGAAUGAAUGGGAUGAUGGGACAUCAUCAUCAUCACGGCAACCUCGGUGGUGGAGGUGGAAGCGUACCGCAUCCAGCUCAUCAUCAUCCAGCAAUGGCAGCAGCAGCGGCGGCGGCAGCAGCAGCCGGUCUUCAUCCUGACGCUGAUACGGAUCCACGUGAAUUGGAAGCGUUCGCGGAACGUUUCAAGCAGAGACGUAUCAAAUUGGGCGUAACACAAGCUGACGUAGGCAAGGCUUUAGCGAAUUUGAAGUUACCAGGUGUGGGUGCACUAUCCCAAUCGACGAUAUGUCGCUUCGAGUCACUUACUCUAUCACAUAACAACAUGAUAGCACUUAAACCGAUACUACAAGCCUGGCUGGAAGAAGCCGAAGCGCAAGCAAAAAAUAAAAGACGUGAUCCAGACGCACCAUCGGUUUUACCAGCCGGUGAAAAAAAGCGAAAGAGGACUAGCAUCGCGGCGCCGGAAAAACGCUCAUUAGAAGCAUACUUCGCGGUACAACCGAGACCAUCCGGUGAGAAAAUCGCCGCAAUCGCGGAAAAACUCGAUCUCAAGAAAAACGUCGUCAGGGUCUGGUUUUGUAAUCAACGGCAGAAGCAGAAGAGGAUGAAGUUUGCUGCUCAGCAUUGACCCGAGGGUGGCUUGUGACAGCAGAACUGACCCUACCAGUUGCCCAGUCUCGAGCCGAAACCCGAACCCCUGACCGAAUUUCAGGGUUGGCCGUGAAGAUUUAAAUACAAAUAUCUUCGUCAUUUAUUUUCUUUAUCCAGAUCUUCUUCUCCUCCUUCCUCCUCCUCCUCCUCCUCUUCUUCUUCUUCUUUUUUUUUCUUCGAUGUGUCUCGAUAAAACGGCCCGAGAUUUUUACGGCUUGAUACUGUGGCCAUCUGGUACAACGAUCAGCUAUCGUCAGUGAUACUGUCGCAGGCUGAUAUCGAAAAGUGGCUACGAAAAGCCGCAUUAGACGGUCUCUCUCGACGCGUUGUGACAUUGAACGAACCUACCGUGUUUUGGUGUGUCGAUUAAAGGACGAUCUUGUUUAGCUCUGUUUAAACAACAGGGAGGAUUUUCUCCUGUCUUCGUUUUUUACGCUUUAUCUUUUUUAUCUUUAUUUUUCUUUUCUAGUUUCUUUUUUCAAUAUUGCCUUCCUACCUCAUAAUCGGCAGAGUAAAUAAAAACUCUAGAAAAAAAAAAAUCUCCGUUCUCUAUAACAACCGGAACAGCGAAUACUUCGAUUUUACGAAGCGAUCCCACGAUAAAACGUUUUACGAGCUCGUUUUACCCCUUUCGUCGUCAUCGUAUACGCCUCCUCUCUCGAGCAAAAUGUGUCGCCCCAUCAACGAAUCGAAUCUUUCUGUACUGACUGCUUCAUUUUUUUCUGUUUUUUUUUUUUCUUUUUACGAUGAAAAACAUAGACACACGCGAGAGAAUCCUCUCUUGAAUAAUUAAUUAAUCAAUCGAUCGAUCGAAAAAUCGAGAAAGAAAAAGAGCGGAAACGGAAAUAAAACGCGUCUUGGAAAGUACAAUUCGAAACAUAAAAAAAAAAAAA